AUGUCCAGACUUUUCAGCAACCCCAUCACCGGUUUUGUGAUUCCGGCCGCUGCGCUCUAUCUCGCGCAAAACUCUCUUUUCGACGUCAAGGGUGGCACCCGCGCCGUCAUCUUCGACCGUCUUAGCGGUGUCCAGCAAGAGGUUGUUGGCGAAGGUACUCACUUUUUGGUUCCCUGGCUGCAAAAGGCCGUUCUCUUUGAUGUUAGAACUAGACCCCGCAUCAUCUCCACAGUCACUGGCUCCAAGGAUUUGCAAAUGGUGUCACUGACACUCCGUAUCUUGCACCGCCCAGAUGUUCCACAUCUUCCUCGUAUCUACCAGGCUCUUGGUCUUGACUAUGACGAGCGUGUUUUGCCCUCGAUUGGUAAUGAGGUUUUGAAGUCCAUUGUUGCACAAUUUGAUGCUGCCGAGCUCAUUACCCAGCGUGAAGUUGUUUCUAAUAAGAUUCGUGAUGACUUGCGCAAGCGUGCAGCCGAGUUCAACAUUGAGUUGGAGGAUGUCUCCAUCACCCACAUGACUUUUGGCAAGGAGUUCACCAAGGCUGUUGAACAGAAGCAGAUUGCUCAGCAGGAUGCUGAGCGUGCGCGGUUCACUGUCGAGAAGGCUGAGCAGGAACGCCAGGCCUCUGUUAUUCGUGCUGAGGGUGAAGCCGAGGCUGCAGAGACCAUUUCUAAGGCCCUGGAAAAGGCCGGCGAUGGUCUGCUUUUGAUUCGUAGAAUUGAGGCUUCUAAGGACAUUGCAAAGAUUCUGGCCAAUUCGCCCAAUGUGACAUACUUGCCAUCUAACUCUGGCACGGGCGGGGCCCAAGCCGGUACCUCCAACAGUUUGUUGCUCAACAUUGGCCGAUAA